GUAUCAAAAAUAAUGACAUAAACCUCAAAAUACAAAUAAAAAGGUUGUGCAUUUAACUGACACACAUCACAUACCUUACAGGCAUUUGUAUACACAUUAUUGAACACAGUGAACAUUUGCAUUUAACUAUCAAUAUAAAUGAACUAUUUAAAUAAAUUACCUAUUUAUAUAGCCAGGGCUACACUUAAAGUACACAAAAUGUCAGAAAUCUGCACUGUCAUGAACAAAAAUUUAAACCUAAUUUUUCGUGAUUUGUUGGAUUAACCCUCUGAGGUCUGAAUCCCAGGCUGUGCACAUCAACAUCACAGAUUUGUACAAAUAAAGUUUAUAACAAAGACAUGUUAAAUAUUAAGCACUGAAAACAGCUUGGUUGUUGUUGUUUGGAACGUCAUUUAAUGCAUGUUGUUUGGUUGCCAUAGUGAUGCCUUGAUGCUAAAAUGACAUCACAGCAUUUAAACAUGUUUUGGAUGAAAACAUCAGCAUAUGAAAACAGAACUGAAGAGACACUGCAACCAAAGCAGACGACUAGUGAAAUUUCUACGUUUCCCUGAGGAUUAACUGCUCUGCAAUUUACCAAGAACUAAAUCAAAAUGAAUGGAAGAGGAGAUGAAUCACAAAAUAACCGUAAUGGCCGACAGGUUAACCCAGAAAAUCUUCCAAGUGGAGAUCAGGAACCAGCUUAUGAACCAGUUUAUGAAGCAGCUUAUGAACCUGUUGGUGGAUUCUGGGGUUUACUGAACAGUCUUCAUCGUGCUCUCUAUAAUAUCUAUUUUUCGAGGCUGAAUGAGCUGUUAGAUGAAUUAGAGGAACAAUAUGAUGUCUUUGACAUUGAUAAUCUCAAUGACGGCAAUGUUAACAAUGUAAACAUUAACAAUAUUAAUGUGAGAGACAAUAAUGCCAAUGUUGACAACAAUGAACUGGAUGAUGAUCAUAAUGAUGUUGUUGUCGACAUUGAAAAUGAUGAUUCUGAUGAGGCAUUUGAAGACUGUGAGGAUGUUCACCAGUACAUCCCAGAAGAGGAUCCUCAGCCAGGUGUAUCCAGGAGGAGGCCUAGAGAGAUGGAUGAAGAAGAUCUGGAACCAAACAAAAGAUUCAGAUGGAGCGAGGAGUUUUCUGAUGACGACUCUGACUUCAUCUCUGCCUGUGACACUGAUAGCGAGGGCUGUCCUCAUGCUGGUAAUAUUGCUGAUGAGGACAUCAAUCAGCAGGUACCAGAAGAAGAACAGCUGCCUGUUGGAUCCACGAAAAGGUCCAGAAAGGAAGAUGGAGAUGAAGAAGAGCCUAAUAGCAAAAAGUCCAGGCUUGCAAACUCCGAGAGCAGUAGUGAUGAACUUUUUGAAGACGCACUUGAAGAGCUUGACAACCAUGAAACUGGAGGCUCGAGGAAGCGGUCCCGAGAGGAUUUUGAGGAAGAAGAGGAAAACUCGCAUGUUUGCAAAUUUCGGAGGUGUUCAGAUGAGUCCACCAGCACCAGUGAUGACAACUAACACUAUUCCGACGGCGUUUUCAGUAUCCUUUUAGUAGGCUGAUGGCCUACUCAUGUGACCCUGAAUCUUCCUUGCAGGCUGCAAUAAGCUGGGCAUACACUGUGCGAUUUCUUCAGUCGCGUUAUUCAGCUCCUGCUCAAACUGUCCGAUUGACUCGCAGGGGCUAGAAGUUCGUAGGUCACGAUGCAGGGUCUCACACUAUACGGCCCGAUGCUCUGUGCGACCUGAGUGCUCACACUGUGCGUCCAUAGCACGAAGGUUAAAACACAAAAUCUUACACUAUUUUCACGGUUGUUGCAGUCGCGAUAAUUUUGUGAGGUCACGUCGAAAAGGCUCUGAUGACCUUGCCAAAGUUCUACAAGUCGUGCCUCCAUCGCUUGUGUCCGGAUCACACGUCGCACUGCCGUGCUGUUCCGUCUUUUCGCUUUUAUUUCUGUGUUUGCGCGUGCGCAGUGUGAGACGCUGCGUUGACACCCUCACGAUGGCCGACAGGAUUUCAAACAGGUUUGAUUUCCUUACGACCAAACGAUUGAUGAUUGGGAGCUGGUCGUGAGGUGUUAAUCGCUUCUCGUUACCCCAUUUAUACGAUGCACGACACGUGAUUAAGGCCAAACUCGGGCCGAUCCCCAAAACGGUCGCACGACUGAAAAAUCGGCUCAAAAUGGGCCAAAAAUCGCACAGUAUAUGCCCAGCAUUAGGCUGCCGGGGGAUUCCCAUCAUG